UCGCAGCGGUGAAGCGAAGCCAUCACAACGAGCGUCAGCGCUUACGCCGCUACUGUAGCGGUCUGUCACGCCGUGCAAAAUGCACGCUUAACUUAAUGCAAUUCAGCACAGUUUAAGUUUCGCUCUGGAUAUUUCGUAGCAGAGACUUGAACGAGAUUAUGACGAAGCUCGGUGAUUGAAUGUAGCCUUUGCAAAAGAAGAGGAUUAUCAUUUCCUGACCAACUAGAAACUGACAGUUGUGUCGGCUGUUAAGCGACUUGUUUUUGCUGAUCUGCGGCAGACUUCUCUACAUGACGAGUCAUGACUCGUAGGAGUUCUCGCCUGGUGUCCGGUGGCUACUACAAUUCAGACGAGGAAUCGGACUCAAGUAGCGUGACCAACAUAUCCUACAGAGAAAACCCAGUCAAGGUUUUCAAGAAGAAGUCCGGGGCCCGUAAGGCGGCUUCCCGCACCAACAGCAAUGCCAGUUCUGCCACCCCCGAGACUCCAGUCACUCCAGGUCUGACUCCAGUAAGCAGCCCUUUGGCGAGUCCUAUUCAGCCCACCAUGAGGACUGUUCCUUACGGCACUGCUGCGCCGACCCCUCGGCCGGCUCUGACUCCAUCAUCGACCCCUUGUCACGCGUCCGUGCGGUGCCACUCAAGAACCCCAGAGAAGAGCCCUCAUUCCGGCGCCGGUCUGCCGGCUUCACACAACGACAAGGAGCCGAGUCAAAGCGGCGUGGAGAGCUCGGGGUACUCGUCGUCCGAGGGCCACUACAGGAAGCCUUUACCCGCCACCAGUACACCCAGGACAACCAGCAGCGGUAGCGGUGGAGCUCCCGGUCCAGGAUACAAAAGCAAGAUCAACGAUGCCUUUUAUCAUCUAAUGGACUCGGCCUCGGUGAUGGUGGCUAACGUGCACAAAAAAGUGCUUCAUGUCAAAUCUUCAGCUAAAGCCCCAGUCAGCGACCGGACGAAAAAAGCUUGUGGUCUGGCUCUCCUGCUCCUCCUCAUACUUCUGUGUAUUUGGUUGCUCCUUCCUUUGUUCGCCUCUUUCAUCUCCCGCAUGACCGUCACAAAGUCCCCAUCACAAACACAACCCAAGGUUCAACCUGUUCUCCCCGCCACCAGUGUUCCUCCUCAACUCAACGUCAUUCCCUCACCUGUGGUGGAUCCAGGAGUCCUUUCUGCCGCUGUAGAAGCAAAGAUGCAACAUUUUCUGGUGGAGCUUCAGCUUAAGCAGGAAAAGCUUCUCUCUCAGAUGAAGGAGAGACAUCAGUUGGACGUGGAAUUUAUGAAAUCAAAGUUGGAGGCAGCCGACUCAGACAUCCGCCGUCACCUGGAGCAGGAGAUUUCUGGGCUGGGGAGACAGAUUGCAGAUCACCAGACAGACAGCCGCUCUGCUGACGCUAGCCUCAGCCUCAAAAUCCAAACUCUGGAAGCCCAGAAUGCUAAGCUGGCCCAGGAGCUAUCAUCUAUCCAGGUGAUGCCUGCUCAAGCCCCCUGCCCUGAGUCCAGCACGCCCCCCGUUCACAACCAACUUACACCAGAGCUCCAACAGGCCAUGGAGAAGUGGUUCACUGACCGAAUCCGGGAACAGGACGCCAUCAGGCUCGGAGACAAAGGAGACUGCACAGUGUGCAGACGCCCCAUUGCGGACAAAAUGGCAGACUUUGCUCUUGAGACUCAAGGUGCCAGCAUUGUCAGCACCCGGUGUUCAGAGACGUAUCGCAUUCGCUCAGCAUGCGUGACUCUGUUUGGUUUCCCCCUCUGGUAUCCAUCUGAAAGCCCGCGCACCGUGAUCCAGGGUUACCCGGUUCUGCUUCCAGGGAAAUGUUGGGCGUUCCAGGGGGUCCAAGGCACCCUGGUCAUCUCUCUGUCACACCCCAUCAGGAUGACUCACGUGACUGUGGACCACCUGCCACGCUACAACUCCCCCACCGGCCACAUCAACUCCGCACCAAAAGACUUUCAAGUCUACGGGUUGAAAAAUGACACGGAGGAAGGAACUCUGCUUGGCACGUUCACUUACGAUGACAAAGGAGAGUCAAGUCAGACCUUUAAACUGCCCAACCCCAGCGACGAGGUGUACCGGUUUGUUGAGCUGCGAGUUCUCUCUAACUGGGGUCAAGUCGAAUACACGUGUCUUUACCGUUUCCGUGUUCACGGAAGGAUGGCCUCCGGAUAAGAGUCCCUCUGCUCCGCGCGCGCUUAAAGACGCGGACGUUCUCCUUCACGGUCCGACGGGUUGAGGAGCAAGUGCUACUGAACGGCUGCUGAGGAAUGUCACUCCCAUGGCAAAGCCGUGUGUAAAAAAGCCGCUUGUUUUUGUUCUUUUUGCAGGUUUUCUUGUGGUUUCAUACAAAUGUUACAGACGUUAAAACAAGCUUUUUGUGCAGUGCACAUUCGGCUUUGCAGAUGAAAGAAUUAAAUAAGUUUGUCAAAAGAAUCUACCUAGUAAAACCUUUUAAUAGCAUGAGGUUCUGGUAACUUUAUGCUUACAAUCAUUAAGCGUGCCACUAGAUAAUUUUUUAUAUUUUGUUAUUGAUUAUUUGUAUUUAUGAGGACUUUCCUGCUUCAUUGUCCUACAGUGCACAAUGAAUGCUAUGUGAGAACUUUUCUCGUUGUACCUUAAUAAGUGAUAUUCUGGCCUUUUUUUGGGGGCAAUCUUGAUUCUAAAACAAGUGAGCAAAUAUGAAUAAAUAAAUAGUGUGACCUAGAAAAGAUCAAAAAAUGAAUAGAAAUCAGCUUGUGGCUAACAGCUUCCGUCCAUGUUGGAUGCUAAACAGCUUUUAAUAUUUCUUGUUUUUAUAAUAACGAAGGUCUGAAAAACCCCGGAAUCCGUACGUUUUGAAACUAAUUUUAGAUUUUUGCUGGUUGUGGCUGCUGUGAUGUACCACAUUUUGACUGACCAGUGAGAAUCAUUGAAGGCAGCAGUGAAGCAUUUUUUUAAGCAGUAUUGUUUUUUGUUUUUUUUAUUGUAAAUUUGAUUCACUUUUCUAAAAAGAAAAAAAAAUAUGCAGCUUUGUAUGAUAUAGUUUGCACUCUUAACAGGAGACUCUGGUGUUCUGAUUUUAUUUCAGGUACUUGAAAUACUUGAAAAUCUUUUUUUGCUAACCUCUUUUGAAAGACGCCGUGCUAAACGCAUGAAAGAUCUCUUUCUGCUUCUCUGUACAGAGGAUUUUAUAUGAACUUUUCAACUUUAAUUUGUUUUUUAAUUUAUAAAUUCUUAAUAUACCUGCUUUGGAGGAUAGGAUCGACAACAACCGUAUUAUUAAAUUAUCAACAAUUCUCAUAACAGCACCAAGUGUUUCAUUUCGACACAUUAAUUGGCAGAACUGCCGGUAGGUUUUGUUUGUUUACAUGUUGUGCAGCAUAUUUAAACAAAAUUAAGAAGAAGAAUAUGUACUACUUUAUCCUGAGAUGCACUAGAUAUGAUGGGAAAAUAAUUUGUUCCUACUCAUCUGUUCAAACUUGGCCAAAAAUUACAAACUUGGGAUCAAGUUUUGUUUUUUCUAGUUUUUGGCUUCUGUUUCUUUACUGAGAUCCUAGCAGAGGUUUAAGAUCAAUGCAAAGUUUAUGGUGACAUUGACUCAGUCAUAAACAUCCACUUUUUUAAAAAUCAAUGCAUAAAUAAAAUGAAAGUUUGGAAUAAUUAUUUUGUUAGUGUCUCUGUUGUUGGGUAAAGUGUAACCGUUUUUUAACAGAUUGCCACCUUCAUGUGUUUCAUCCUCCUGUUAAAGUGGGAAUAAUUUGAAAUAAAGGAGCUCUUUGCCUAUACUAAUUUUUUUUAUUUUUGUUAGUUACGUAGCUUAGUUAUCCAUAAACCGAUGUUACUAAACAGGGUAUAUCUGACAUCUCAUGCUUAUGUCGUAAAUGUUGUUUUUUAACAGCGUGUUGGGGUGUUUUGCAGGCUUUUCAGUUGGUUAAUUUCAUCUUCUGACUGUUCAAUUUAUCUAACUCUUCCUAAGCUUUUGCAAAAAUAAAUCUUUGUGAAACAUGAAAAAA